AUGGACCAUCAGGAUGCGGACGAUGCGAUAGAACCGUUUCCCCAAGAAAUUCCCGUCGAGAAAAGCGAGAGUCCAACAGGCGACACGACACCUACCCGACCGUUAUCUCAGGCAUCUCAGGACACCCCCUUCAGAAAGUGGGUUGACAGCUUUCGUUCCCAUAAACGGCCAGGGGGAACACGGGAGCGAAUUGUAGAGGGCUGGCCGGAUCCUGACGAGGAGCCCUUUCCAGCCGAAUUUGAUCUAGAUCCACCCAGCUUUGCAGCUCAAGACGCCCUAUGGGAAAGAGGCUCUGGAAAUUCGUCGAACCUGGGAACACCCAAGACCACCACGAUCAGCAUCGCGAGAUCUCGCGCAACAACACACAGCACUACCACCCAGAGUGCACUGUCGGAUGUACGAGUCUCAGGAGAUAGCUCCCGCCCAGCCUCCAGCAGUUGCGUGGACGAACAGGUGGAAAUAAGGGCCAGAAAGAGACGUCAUAUACUGCGAGAGCUGAUGACAACAGAGGUGAACUAUGUCUCUGGCCUCAAAGCCCUAGCGGGAGUACUCUCGAUGCUCAACGUCCGGACUCAAAUUCGACACAACAUUCAACAAAUCCACGACAUUCACGAGCAAUUUUUGAGUAAUCUCGAAAUGGAAAAGCGUCGCAAAUCCUUGAUGUCAGAGCCUAGCGAAGCAUUAGAGGUGGCGCGGGAGAUUGAAGCACUGGAUAUAGCCCUCCUGCGCCGAUCGAUCACGGACUGGUCAGUGUAUGACAAAGGGAUUGAGGCAUUGUCCAAGUCUGUUGCAUCGACAGCCAGCCGCAGACAUGAGGAGAACAAGUCAAUGUUGAUGAGUGACUUGAUGAUCAAGCCUAUUCAACGUCUUUGCAAGUACCCACUUAUUUUAACAGACCUGGUCAAUGUCACCCCUUCCAGCGAUUGCCCAUCCGCCAACGCAGUGAUGCAUCAAGUCCUGCAAGAUAUGCGCGCUCAGGUGGGCAAGAUAAAUUCGGCCACGGGAAAUCCAGUCAACAAGGAUAGGAUUGAGAAGACUCUGUUACUGCAAAAGAAGACUCGUUUCAAUGAAUCAUACAGACUGCGCGACAUAUACAAGGAACUUGGCCCAAUGAUACUUUGUGGAGUACUUCAUGUCACCUAUCGCACACAAGAACAUACUGCGGGUGAAUUCAUGGUAUCUGUCUUGUUCAACUGCCAUUUACUGCUUGGCAGAAUCAGGGAUGAAUAUCAUGGAAUGGAAAUCCUGGCUUGCAUCUACAUUGCUGACUUGAAGAUGGAUACUUUGCAAAAUGGACGUGGACUCACUUGCUAUGGGUGUCCAUUUUCAUGGAAAAUUGUGUUUCAAGAUCAAGGUGAAAUUUUCGAAUUAGUGCUUAGUGCAUCUACUCCCACUGAAGAGAAGCAGUGGCAUACUGAGAUAAUGAAACUCUCCGUGACUCCAAUGAACAUGGCAAAAUCGGGAGGUGUUUGGGAUCCUCGAAAAUACUCUCUUUUGAGUCUUCCUUUAAUGCCCUUGGAUAGACCACAGUACACUGUGGCCGCUCUGUCACGGAGAACCUCCAUGGAUUCCAUGGCGAUCUCGCGCAAGGUCAAUGUUCAACGAGUCAUUAUCCGGAAAACCAAUUUUCCGAACUACGAUGAAUCCACCAGCUCAGGAAGCUCGACCGGUGAGAUUGAGCGGCCCAAAACUCCUGUUACUCGGGGCUCAUACAAUGUGAUUGCCAGACGACAGGACCGAAUUCGAUUGGAGAAACUGAUUGAGGAGGUCUAUACUCGGGAUGCAUUGCCCUGGCCUGGAAUGGUUCUCGGUAAAGGGGAUAUUUUGGAAGAUAUUUUCAGUCCUGGUUCAAUCAUAAGGCGUUUCAGCCUUCAUACUGGGUUUAACAAACGGUCCAGUUCUGUCAGCACUUCUCAUUCUGGAGCCGUAGUUACUGAAUCUCAGUACAUUGAGGAAUAUGAUGGCGAGGAGAAGGACCUCAUAGCCACUCUUGAUGGCGACAAGAACUCUUCUGAGCCUAAUUUCGAGUCGCCAAAGACACCUACCCCAUCUCUAGGGCGCUCCAGGACCCUUCGAUUUGCAAGUACGCCCAAAAAGUCCGUGUCUUUGCAACGAAGCGAGAAGCAGGGGAGCCAGGAGAGCAAUCCCGAGCCGUCUCCACGCAAAAAAUGGAGCUCUCCAAUGUCUCUAUUCAGCGUGUUAUCACCGAAAAACCUGUCCUCGAACAGGGCCAAGGAUGGGCAGAUGAAGUCGAGUGGGGAGAUCAACAAGAAUUGA